AUGAAUUAGAGAUUAAUGUUUGAGCAGCUAUCCUGCACAUCAUCACCCUUAAGCAUCAAUUAAAAUAAUCAUGAUAGGAGACAAAGGUUCCUUAAACAAUAUAAAAACCAAGAAAUAUAGAGAUAGAGCGUAAAAUCACUAAUAUAAACCAGUGAUAUAUAAGUAUCUCCAAGAGUGGGUGAAGCUAAUUUGAAUCUUAAAAAAAUUCAAUAACUUAUAAAAGUUGAUUAACUGAAUGAAGCAAACAUAAUGAUCGAAGAGUUAAUGAAUAACGAUAAGAAUUAAUUAUCUAAGAGCAUACUAUCUUAGAUAUAUUAUCACAAGGGAGUCAUUUCUCAAAAACAAGAUCUAUAUGAUAUUGCGGCUGUUUAUUUUCAGUAGUCCAUAGAUUUUGACACGACUAAUAUAAAAUCAGCAUACAGUCUGGCAUCCUGUGAAAACCUUAGAGGUAACUUUGCCAAGGCACUAGAUGACUACACCUAUGCAUUAGAUGCUGAAUAGUUUUCUCAAAGCAGAAGACACAUGAAUCAUGUUGGUUCAUUGAGUAGAUUAAGGCUAUCAAAUGAGCUUCUUUAAUCUUUUCCAGAUAAACAAGUUUUUGAUAAAAUUUAAGCAACUAGUCCCUCACCAAACGAUGAGCUAUUAAAUUCUGAUAAGAUUAAAGUCCAGCUUCAUAGAAUAAGUAGUGGCAAAGAUAUUGUGAAAGAUUACAGAAAAUUCUUCGCAAAUAUGAAUGUUGAUCGAGAUCAUCGUGAAAGUGUUUAAUCCCCGAUAUCUUUUAACGGUGAUGGCUAUAAUUUCUAGGAGUAUAUUAAUUAGAUUGGGAACUUUGAUGAAGAAGAAAAAAGAUUUAUAGAUAAAUAAAAGUCAAAAGAGCUAUAAGAAAAAGUCUUUGAGGAUUUAACUUAGAUGAUUAUAAGAAAAAAGUCACCCCCAAAUAGAAGAGGCAGCAAGGACAGCCAAGAAGAUGCUUAAAGCAAUUAGGAAUAUAAUCAAACGAAUAUGAUUAAAAGAAUGUAUUUAAAUCCAAAGAAACAAUAAACGACCUAAGUAACAACUUAUCUAAAGAAAUAGCAAAAGAAUUAUAGAUAUCAAAAGGAAAAUUAUGCUUAAGAUCAUUUCAAAAAAGAAGGAGAAGGAUAGAUAUCUUCUGGAGAAGUUUCAAGUAUUACUCCAUAGAGCAAUAGUAAUAACACUAGCAGAAUAUCCUAGACUAACACCUAAAACGCUACUUAGUAAUUCAAUAAUUCUAUAAGAAAUCUCUCCUCAAUGAGCAUAUUAAAGUAAAUUAACAAAGUGCAAAAAUCUUAACCCUUAAAUUCAAGUUCACUUAGCAAGUCUUCAAGUUAGAAUACUAUUAGCUCAUUUUCAAUGACAAAAAAAUCAAUUCCUUCACCUAAAAAUAUUAAGAAAUACACAAAUGCACUUCUAAGUAAAAAUAACAUACUUAAGGAGAAAGUUUAAAGUAAUAAACUGUUUAGUACAAAGAAUAUAGUUUAGCAGCAAAAGAAAAAUGCUAUUUAAGUGAUAUAGGUUAACUUUGAGGAUCAAUCUUUCAGGACAACUUCAAAUCAAAGAACCAAUCAAAGAAUAUUUAGUCCACUUGGUACCUUUAAUAAAGAGAAUAACAAGAAAACUACUGUUGAACCAAUAAUGAAAACAAUUCAGGUAAUUUCUCCUAAUAAGUAUCAGGCAUUCUUCCUAAGAGGACUUGUUUAUUUUAAGCAGAGAAACAUUUAAUAGGCAAUGAUGGAUUUUCAAUAAUCACAAAACUUGAACAACUAAAAUGCUUAAGCUUUUUUAUAUCUCAUUGAAACUAGCUAGGCAGAUACUCGAAACUUUAAAUAUUACGUUCUCUAGGCAUAAUUCUACUCAAGUUCCGAACAGAGCAAUAAAUAUUUCGCUAUAGAAAAGGCAAGAAUUUGUAUAGAAGAAUCUUUGGAGUUGAGAUCAAGUCAUGAUAAGACCCUUCUGCUUAGAGCAUUUAUCUACAAAAGACUAGAUAUGUUUGAGCAAGCAAUAGAAGAUUUGAAAUCUAUAAAAAGUGAGAAGAUUAUAAUAAAUAGGAAUCUUAACUUUGAGAUCGCUCUAUGCUAUAUCAGUAUCGAUGACUAUCAAAAUGCAGUGUAGUAUCUUCAAAGACAGGUCCAGUUCUUUAUAGAUAAUCCCUAGCUAUUAGGUGAGCAAAGCAAUAGGAAUUUAGUUGUUAAAAUUGUUCAGAAGAUUCAGCAAAUAGCAGUCAAUAAUGACUUAGCCAAGUUUGAUUUGAAUCAAUACAUUUAGGAUAUCAUUGAUCUCCCUUAGUUCUAAACUCUCACAGAUCUUAGACUUAAAUUGCAAAUGCUCAUGCUAAUUCCCAAUUAAUAGUAGUAAAAUUGA